AUGGGCAAGAAACUGACAGGUUCUGCUGCGAAGUCUAAGUCGGGUAGCGUUGUGGUCCCAGCGACCACAAAACCCAAACUCCACGAUGAAGUUCCCAAACUCGCUCGUAACGACUCUGGCGUCGACGUCACGAAGCCUGGCCAAACCAAGCCACUUCCCGUGACUCUCCUUUCCGGGUUCCUGGGAAGUGGAAAGACGACUUUGCUGCAACACAUCCUCAAGAGUGACCACGGUCUUAGAAUAGCGGUUAUCGUCAAUGACAUUGGAGCUGUCAACGUCGACGCAUCCCUUAUCAAGAAGAGCCAUCGGCUCACAAAGACGGAAGAGAAGGUUAUAGCUCUGCAGAAUGGCUGCAUCUGCUGCACACUCCGCGGCGACUUGCUGGAAGAGCUGGUCAACCUCUCUGAGCUCCACGAGUUCGACUACGUCAUCAUAGAGAGCAGUGGUAUCAGCGAGCCCGAGCAAGUCGCAGAAACCUUUGACGCCCGAUUGGCCGAACAGAUGGCCACCUUGGGCGAGGGUCCUGAAGGUCUUGACGAGGACACCAUGAAGUUGCUCAAAAGACUAGCCGACGCUGGUGGUGUCGAUAAGUUUGCUCGCCUCGAUACCACAGUCACUGUCAUCGACGCUUUUACAAUUUUCAAUGAUUUCCACACAAGCGAUCUUUUGUCCUCGCGGCGAGACGAUGUCGUACCGGAAGAUGAACGGACAGUGUCGGAUCUCAUGGUCGACCAGAUUGAGUUCGCGGAUGUCAUUGUUCUCAACAAGAUCGACAUGGUUUCUAAAACCGAUCGCGCCCGUGUUCUUGACUUGAUCAAGAAGCUUAACCCACGAGCCAAGAUCCUCGAGGCCACUUACAGUAGGAUUGACGUGAAGGAGAUCGUCAAUACCAACACGUUUGACCUCAAGGUCGCUCAGUCCGGCGUUGGAUGGCUCCAGGACUUGCACGCCAUGACAGUACGCGAGGGCGAGUUCUUCCUCGCGACGCGGCCACACCGAGCAGGCGACUGGUCCCAAGCCGGCGCCAUGUUAACCAUGACCGGCGGCCGGCCGUGGUUCUGCACGCUGCCGCCCGAAGACUACCUCACCGGCGACCCAGAGGUCGAUGCGCUCGUCGCGCACGACGUCAAGAAGGGCGGCGAGUGGGGUGACCGUCGGCAGGAGUUGGUCUUUAUCGGCGAAAGCCUGGACAUUAAGGGCCUGGAGGCCGCCCUGGACGAGUGUCUUCUUAACGAAGAGGAGUGGAAGAAGUGGCAAAAGGUGAUGCGGAACAAGAAGUGGGACGAUGAGAAGAAGAGAGACAAGCUGCAGGAUUUGUUCGAUGACGGUUUCCCCGACUGGGCAGAUGAUGAUGAAGACCAUGAGGGCCAUGACCACGCAUAA